AUGGUGGCGGUCCCGAUCACGGGUGUGCUUGGCUUUGAUUUUCGACAUGUACGAAGAAGCGCGGAUGUUGAACCACAAGCAGGCUGGGAGGACAGCUCUACCUCCAUUUUCAACAACAGCACCCCCCAGUACGACUAUAUAUCGCCUUCCAGAGAUUUCCCAAUCUGCACCGAUCUUGACACGCCCCUUGUGCCGUUUUGCCUCCCGCAUGAUGGAGCCGAUGUCAUCGUCGAUGCCACUUAUUAUGUCACGUGGAAUGCCGACUUCUACCCUCUGAACGCCACUAUCACCAUCGAACUGAGAUAUACAGACUCCACCGUGGGCGACUCUGCAUUCACCUCUGCCAGGGUUGAUAACAGCUAUGGAUACGUUCCAAUUCACAUGAGCGGGGAAUGGCUCCAGGGGAAGUCACAAAACGCAUUGACUUUGUACAUAAUUGAACUGGAGCCGGCAUCGGACAGACGGGCCAGUGCACAGCAGGGCCCGACGAUUACACUUCACACGAAGCCUGUGGAGCGCUAUAGACAUCCUCCGCCAUUGCCAUUCAACAAGGUGGCUCUUUACAUUGGUCUCCCUGUGAGCCUUGGCGUUGUGAUAUCCGUCGUGGCGGGUCUGUUUUUUGGGAUGCGCGAGAGUAGAAGGAUUGGGAUUGGAAAUAUCAUGGGAUCGAGAAGAAAGGGCUACGGGAUUCGAAAGUCGAAGUUUGAGCGCCUUGGUCAGGAAUCCAGUGACUAUAGACCCGAAAGUUUCGCUGUACUGAAGAAACAGUAUGAGGAUCAGGUCCAUUGGCCUUUUCCUGAGACUGCUCCUCGUGACGAUGAUCUCGAAUGCAGACCCAGUGAUGUCGAGAGAGAAGCACCAAUGCCGAAUAGUUGGAGGCUGCGAUGA